AUGGAUGUGAGACUUAUAAGUAGAUCGGAAGGCUCCGAGAACGACGAUCCUCCUUUGCUGCCCGUUUUGCAGAACGACCAACUCAUAGGGCCACUAUACGGUCUACCCGCCCUCGAUGCCUGCCAUCAUUUGCUGGUGUCAACUGGCUUCCAGGAGGGAAUCACAGACCUAGCUGCUCAACGACGAACCUUCGAGCUCAGCCUUCUUAGCUUGAGGGCGAUGUGGAACACGAGGCUUCCGAUCCAUACGCUCCCUGCCGAAAUUCUACUCGAGGUCUUCAAGUACUCGCUCACCCCAGAGAAAGGGGAACGACCCCUAAAACGACCCUGGGCGCGCUUAAUGGGCGUAUGUCGUCAUUGGUGCGCCCUCGUCCUGAGCACAACACUGUUUUGGAGGACCAUCAAUGUCUCCAGAUCCAUGAAGUGGUCGGACAUCUCGUUACGCCGCUCGCAGGGAGCUCCCCUCCGCAUAACGCUCUCUCGCGACUCUGAUAUGGAGGCCGCUAUCCCGAUGCUCGUGCAACACGCUGACAAGACCUGGAGCUAA